CCUCUUCUUCUUCCCAGCAGCAGCAAAAGCAGCAGAUCGAGACAGUAGAAGCCCCCAAGCUGGGCAAAGCAGCAGAGCUGUGUGUUCUGCUGCCCCAUUGCUCAAAUGGAGAUUAGGGUACCAGAUGCAGAUCCAGCAUCCUGAGAAUCGGCUGUGAAGAUAGAUCUGAAAGUAUGUGAACAAUGGCAGAAGAUGCGCAGAAGUCAGAAUGAAAGGUUCUUAGCGCCUUAGAUGGGAAUUUUGCUGUGCUCUUGAUGGAAGCAGCACUGUUGAUGGUAGGCCCUGUUCUGUUGAGCACAGUCCUGCCAAUUUUGGCAUGGGAGCUGAGGAGUUGAGAACAGCGCGAAGGCCAAUGCCAAGGAGACAAAAUGGCUGCAAUCGAAGGGAAGCGAUAACAGUACAGCUCUAACUGCCUUUGAGAGCAACCCAGAGGGAAGAAUGGAGGAGCCAAACCCAGGACUGGGGGAAGGGGUAGGCAAGUCUCCUCGGGCUGUCCAGGCCGGGGCCAUCAGUGAAUUUCUAAGGUGGGCCACACCACACCAUGGUAGGGUUGAGAGACAGGAGGGAAUGCGCCCUCAUGGGGAAGCCCAGUGGCAAGAAAUCCUCAAGACAGUACAGUCCUCUCACUCAGGCUGGGCAACUUCCCAGCUGCCAGAGUUGCCGCCUUGGGAUGACCUGUCUACAUUCGAGCGGGUGGUCGAUGCCUGCCAGUGGCCACGAGGAGAGGGCUUGGCUAAACUCGUGCCAAAUCUCGCUGGAGAAGCACAGCAGGCCUUCAAUAGCCUAGAAACCCGAGAAAGAGCAGACUACGGGAAGAUGAAAGUUGCCAUCCUGCGGGAGGACUUUGCAAACGUGGAGUCCCAGCGCCAGCACUUCCGCCAGUUCAGCUACCAGGAGACCGAGGGGCCCCGGGAAGCCUGCAGCCGGUUGCGGGAGCUGUGCCAUCGCUGGCUGGAGCCGGAGAGCCGGACGAAGGAGCAGAUCCUGGAGCUGCUGAUCCUGGAGCAGUUCUUGACGAUUCUGCCGAAGGAAAUCCAGAUUCGAGUCCGAGAGCGUGGGCCGGAGACGUGUGCCCAGGCGGUGGCCCUGGCAGAGGGUUUCCUUCUGAGGCAGCAGGAGGGGGGGAAGCGGGGACAACAGGUAUCGGGAACAGCCCAAGAAGGGCCUGCAAAUUGCUCUGAAGCUCAUCGGCCUCUGGUCAACACCAGGCAAAGGCAAACCUACAAGGAAGUCAGGCAGCAGGACAAUGGGAAUGCCAGCUCCCCUGGUGCCAAGUUUUUGGGAAGAGCUGGACAGUAUUUCCAGUGUCUGGACUGUGGGAAAAGGUUUAGGGGAGAGGAGGAACUCCGGGCUCACGGCGGCAUCCACAGGAAGGACCGACCUCAUGCCUGUGCUCAGUGUGGGAAAAGAUUCACCCGCCCGUCGGGCCUAGCCAAACAUUUGAAAACUCAUUCAGGGGAGAAACCUUACCACUGUGCUCAGUGCCCAAAAAGCUUCAUUCAGAUGUCGCACCUCACCAGACACCAGAGAAUCCAUACUGGGGAGAAACCCCACCCUUGUGCCGAAUGUGGGAAGCGCUUCAACUGCCCGUCAGACUUGGCCAAGCACCAGCACAUCCACACGGGUGAGAAACCCUUCCGCUGUGCCGAGUGCGGGGCAAGGUUUAACCAGUUCUCGCAUCUCACAAGACAUCAGAGAAUUCACACAGGAGAGAAGCCGCACGCCUGUACAGAGUGUGGUGAAACUUUUAGCCAGCGAGCACAUCUUAUCAGCCACCAGAGAAUCCACACGGGAGAGAGGCCCUACCGCUGCACCUAUUGCCAAAAAUGUUUUAGUCACCUCUCGGCUCUUACAGUACACAAGAGAAUCCACAUGGGACAAAGACCUUACGGCUGCCCUGAAUGUGGGAAAAGAUUCAUCGCCUCGUCUGCUCUAACCAGGCACCAGAGGACCCACUCAGAAGAAAGGCCCCACACCUGUGAUGAGUGUGGCAGGAGGUUCAACCAGCUCUCUCAUCUCCACAGGCACCGACGGACCCAUUCAGGUGAGAGGCCCCACAGCUGUGUGGAGUGUGGGAAAAGAUUCAACCAGCUCUCGUCUCUCACCAGACAUCAGAAAAUCCACACAGGGGAGAAGCCUUAUCCCUGCGACGAGUGUGAGAGGAGGUUCGUUCGGCUGGCCGACCUCAUCAUUCACCAGAGAAUCCAUACAGGAGAGAAGCCGUACCGCUGCACCGAAUGUGGGAGGAGAUUCCGGCAGAGACAAACGCUCGUCAAGCACCAGAGACUUCAUCCAAUAGUGAAUUCAUAAUCUGUUAACAUAAAGCAAAGCCUUUCCUGCUUUUGGGUUUAUAUCCAAGCAAUUGACAGUACUGUAUAAAACUGGAUUUUUUUAAAAAAGAAAGAAAGA